GGGAGGGGGCUGUCACGUGAGCCAUCAGGCUUGCCACACCCCAGCACCAGUGUAUGGGGCAGCCAGCUGCUCUCCUAAAGGACCACAACCGCAGCGGCUGUCAUAGCGCAGUCCUCCAGGUGACUUAAGCAGCGCCGUCCUUCCCCUGGCACCUUCUCUGCCUAGCGAGACGCCUCUGCCCCGCUUCUCCCAUGCAAGCCCCUCUUCCUCCUCCUCUUCCUCCUCCGUGCAUCAUGGAAACCAUGGACAAAGACCCGGAAGGGCCCCCAGAGGCCUGCCCCAUCCUCGCCUCCAACCCCAACUUCAUCUGCAUCACGGCAAAGUCCCCCAAGAGCAGCGCCCAGUUCCUGCUCCCAGAGCUCAGCACCAUCCAGCAGUUCAAGGAGGAGCUUGCCAAGCACUUCUCCUGCGACACCAGCCAGCUGGUGCUGGUCUACUUUGGGAGGAUCCUGAAGGACAAGGACACGCUCCGCCAGUGCGGGAUCACGGACGGGAUGACUGUACACCUGGUGAUCAGGACUCUCAAAAGGGACCUGGAAGACCCUCCUCAGUCUCCCUAUGUUCCCGAGACCAGGCCACCUGCCCUGACACCAUCUGGGGGCAGCCUUCCCUCCCCAGCUUUCAGCUCGAGCCUGCGGGGCUUCUGGGGGUCCCCUGAGGCAGCCCCCUCCAGCUCUGAGUGGCAGCUGGUGCCCACCUCGGAGAUGAUUGUCGAGAAGGUCCGGCAGGUGAUCCUGGCCAACCCAGAGAUCCAGCAGCUGGCCCAGCAAGUCCCAGCCAUCAGACACAUACUCGACAAUAUGGACAUCAUGAGGGUGAUCCUGGACAAGAUGAGGGAGAUUGUGGACCUGGCAAAGAACCCAGAGAUGUUCCAGGACCUGAAGGCUCCGGACCAAGCCUUGAUCAGCCUCCACGGCAGCAUCCCUGGAGGGGACAACCCCCUGAGGCAGCUGAACAGUGAGCUACCAGAACCAGGGCUGAACGCCAUCCAGGAGCUCUUCGCCUCCACCCUGGGGAGGAGCCAUGGGUCCCAGCUGGAGAGCCUGGAUCGUGUGGGCUCUCUGCCCCUUUGCCACAGCUCCCACAGCACCCACAGCACCUGCAGCGAGGAGAGCACAGCCUUCAGCAGCCUGGCUCCCCCUCCAGGGCAAAGCUCCUCCAUGCCCAACCUGCCGCCCAUGUCCGGGGCUGGGGCGUUUGGCCUGGGCAGCCUCCCACCACCAGACGCCAGCGAGAUCCCGAAGCUGAUUGUCAACCUCUGCAAUGCUUACACCAAACGCAUGAUCUUCUCCCUCAUGCAGAGCGUCCUGCGGGCCGCAGAAAGGCCUCCAGUGGCCCAACAGGAGCAGGCGCAGCAGCAGGUCCUCCACUUCUCCCAGCAGAUGCAGAGCCCAGAGAUGGUGGCCGCCAUGUCCAACCCCAAAGCCAUCCAGGCCUGGGUGCAGAUGGAACAAGGGCUCCAGGCGCUGAUGGCUGAGGCGCCUGUGCUGGUUCCCUGGUUCAUGCUGCGCUUGAGAGGCUACUCCACAGGGGUGAGCCCCUGGGUCAAUGGCUACCCCUGCCCAGGGUCGGCCACUUCUGAGUAAGACCACCCAACUCCUGGGCAAGCUUCAAAUCUUCUCCCUCCCAAGAAUAAACUUGCUGCGCCACCACAAAGCCCAG